AUGGAAAAUCACUCAUUAGCCAAUUACUUGCUUUACAUCACCGCCAUUGGAUCCGCUCUGCUCAUCAUAUGGAGAGUAACAAUCGCGAUCACGACAUAUGUCCGGACUGUGUCCAGCUUGAACAGUGAUACACAACGCUUCUUUGCCCGACCGUCAUACAAUUUCUCUUGGGCUAAGAAACACAUAUUAUAUGCACCCAUUUUCCGCAAAAGACACAAUCGCGAAAUUCAGCUCAGCAAUGCUAUCAACAUUGGCACUCUACCUUCUCGGUUUCAAUUCCUCCUGCUACUCGGCUACUUCGCAACUAAUGUAGGAUUUACCGUGGUUCACAUCCCUUUUGCUGAGUCGGCUGCAGAUGGUCUCAAACAGCUGCGAAACCGAAGUGGCACGCUGGCCACAGUGAACAUGAUUCCCCUCUUCAUCUUGGCGGGGAGGAACAAUCCAUUGAUUCCUUUGUUGGGCAUCUCGUUCGACACAAUGAACUUACUCCAUCGUUGGUUCGGUCGUAUUGUGGCCGUCGAGGCGAUCGUGCACACUCUUGCUUUCUAUGCCAGCUCUGCGCUCAAAGAAGGAUGGGGUCCUGCAUUUCUAGGUACAUUUUCAUCCCCGUUCCUGUACUGGGGUUUUGUUGGAACUGUUGCGUUUGUGGUGAUAUUAUUUCAAGCCGCAAGCAUUUCCCGACAUGCUUAUUAUGAGACCUUCAAGAUCAUGCACAUACUCCUCGCUGUUGCUGCUGUUGUCGGGCUCUGGUAUCAUUUGAACAUUAUCCAAGUCAACCAGCUUAAGUGGCUUAUCGCCGUGGUGCCCAUCUGGCUCGGUGACCGAGUCGCACGCUUUGUACGGCUCAUCUAUCACAAUUUCGGCAAGGGUGGUACCAAGACUCUCGUCGAAGCUCUGCCUGGCAAUGCCGUGCGUGUAACGGUGACUAUGGCUCGUCCUUGGACCUUCCGCCCCGGUCAACAUGCGUACCUAUACAUGCCCACAAUUAGCUUCUGGCAAUCUCACCCAUUUUCAUUAGCGUGGAGCGAGGAAGCUGAAGACUUGAGCACCGACAAGCUGGCGGUGAGUCGUCAGGACAUCCUUGGAAUGCACAAAACUACCAUGUCUUUCGUCAUCCGUGCCCGCACGGGAAUGACGGCCACCCUCUACCAGCGAGCUGCCGCUCAUCCUGAGGGCCGCCUAGUCACUCGCUGUCUAGUAGAGGGACCCUAUGGUGGUGAGCAUAUGCUAGACUCGUACGGCACUGUAAUGCUCUUUGCAGGCGGCGUUGGUAUCACCCACGCUGUCCCCCACGUGCGUCAUCUAGUCGCUGGCUUUGCUAAUGGUACUGUUGCCACCCGGAAAGUUGUGCUUGUGUGGAUCAUUCAAAGCCCUGAGCAUCUCGAAUGGAUUCGCCCAUGGAUGACACAGAUUUUGGCAAUGGAUAGACGGCGCGAUAUUUUGCGCAUCAUGCUGUUUGUUAGCCGGCCGCGCUCGACGAAAGAGAUCCACUCUCCCUCGUCAACAGUGCAAAUGUUCCCUGGCCGGCCUAAUAUCGACACGCUGAUGGGCAUGGAGAUGGAACAGCAGGUGGGCAUGAUGGGUGUAACCGUCUGUGGCCCUGGUGCUCUCAGCGACGAGGUGCGACUAGCAGUCCGCCACAAGCAACAUGAUGGCGCCAUUGACUUCAUCGAGGAAGCCUUCUCUUGGUAA